AUGUCGACGCCUACUGACGCACCCAUUGCCGACCAGAUGGUCGCGCCCGGAUCUGGAGAAGCGGGCGCUAAGAGCAACGGCUUGCAUAGCAGCAAGUCAGGAUGGGACGGCAAACUACGCCUUGACAAGAACAAAAAGGCCGUACUGGCGAACCCCGAGGCCCUGUCGGAUCCCGAAUAUUCAGACGAAGACGCCCCUCCAGUUGAUCAGAUCGAAGCAGAUGAAGGUAUUUGGCUGUGCGCAUCCACAACCUUGCUCGGUACUAACGAUACUCCCNNAGACUUGCUCGAAGAUGAGGAUCCUGAAACCGAGGAAAUAGACGUCCAGCACAGCCGAGUGUCUUCGAUCCCUGCACUCCGUCUCGAGCGUUUCGCCAAAGUCAUCGUCAGUCCACACGUCUUUCAACUUCAGGCUCAGCCAAGACUGACUGUCCCUUCAAGNAAACUGUGUCUGCGCCAGAACUCCAUCUCCUCUAUCGAGCUUCCCGAAUCCCUCGCCACUACCCUUCAAGACCUCGAGCUAUAUGACAACCUCAUCUCGCACAUCAAAGGCCUUGACUCCUUCACUGAGCUGCGCAGCUUGGACCUGAGUUACAACAAGAUCAAACACAUCAAGCGUGUCGACCACUUGAAGAAACUAGACCACCUCUACUUUGUCCAGAACAAGAUUUCUCGUAUCGAGGGUUUGGACGGGCUUUCAAAUCUCACCUACCUGGAGUUGGGAGCCAACAGAAUAAGGGAAAUUUCUGGCUUGGAAACUCUAACCAAUCUCGACUCGUUAUGGCUUGGUCAAAACAAGAUUACCGAGCUCAAGGGACUUUCCACGCUCACAAAACUAAAGACGCUCUCCAUUCAAGCAAACAGAAUCACAUCCUUGGAAGGGCUCAAGGAGCUGCCUCAACUCGAGGAGUUGUACAUAUCAGAUAACUUGUUGACCUCUCUAGAGCCUCUUUCUCACGCGCCCAACAUCCGAAUCCUAGAUGUUCAGAACAACCCUAUCACCUCGCUACGUGGUGUCUCAGCCCUGGUCCAUAUUGAAAACCUCUGGGCAACAAGCUGUAAGCUAGACCGAUUCGACGAGUUGGANAAAGAGCUUGGCGACAAGAAAGAGCUCUCGGAAGUCUACUUUGAGGGCAAUCCCCUACAAAAGUCUAAUCCUGUUUUAUAUCGUAACAAGGUCCGCUUGGCUUUGCCUCAGGUCUCGAAGAUUGAUGCUAGUGAGUACCCAGUAUCUUGGCAAUCUAGUCACAACACUGACCGUCCCAGCCUACGUGAGAGUCUGAAGUUAUGA